AUGUGGGAGGCGCAGCGGGAGCCCGACGUCAUCUCCACCUACAGCGCUGCGACCAGCGCGUGCGAGAAGGGCGAGCAGUGGCAGCGGGCCCUAGCUCUGCUAAACGAGAUGUGGGAGGCGAAGCUGAAGCCUAACGUCAUCAGCUACAGCGCUGGGAUCAGCGCGUGCGAGAAGGGCGAGCAGUGGCAGCGGGCCCUAGAGCUGCUGAACGAGAUGCGGGAGGCGAAGCUGCAGCCCAACGUCAUCAGCUACAGCGCUGGGAUCAGCGCGUGCGAGACGGGCGAGCAGUGGCAGCGGCAGUGA